CAAAAUAAAGGAGUGUCACUCAGUGCGUGGUGAAGUUGCACUGUGUACACACACAGGUGAUAUAAAGAGCCCUUGCAGUGCCAGAGGGCUCAUUUAGACACUUACAAUGGAGAGCUUCACUCCAAUCCUAUGGAUCUUUAUAUUCUUUCCUCAGUCCUUUGAGAGCACUGUCGUGCGUCUGGAAGGAGUUGAGCGCUACGAGGUGGUGAGGCCGCUCAGGCUGCAUGAAUUACACAAGAGAGACACACAGACGCACCAUCCCAGCAUUCUCAGGUACGGGCUGACGGUAGAAGGGGAACACGUCGAGUUACACCUCGAAAAAAACGAGCAUUUACUCGCCAAGGACUACGUUGAAACGCGCUACACCAAGGACGGUGAGAAACUAACGACCGUCCCUCAGGACCUGGAUCACUGCUAUUACCAUGGGCGCAUACACAAUGACAGUGGCUCCUCAGUGAGUAUAAGCACCUGCACGGGAAUCAGGGGAUUCUUCAAGACUCGCGGCCGGCGAUAUUUAAUCGAACCUCUAUCGGAGCAGGCUGGGGAUACGGACGAACACGCCGUGUACCGAUACGAGAGUCUGGAGCAGGUGCCGGCUGUCUGUGGAGUCACCAACACGUCCUGGGACGACGCGUAUCCCAAAACCAGUACUGUGCGCUCCAGAGCCUCGGGGAGAGCGAUUACACAAGAUUUUAAAUACAUUGAGCUGUUCAUUGUUGCUGAUAAUUUAGAGUACAAGAAAAUGAAAAGCAGCUUUGAUGCAGUUCGCUCUCGUGUGUUUGAAAUACUCAAUUUCAUCAACGUGGUGUACAAGCCCCUCAGAACCUUUGUGGCUCUGGUUGGGUUGGAGGUCUGGACCGACACUGACAAGAUACAAGUGACUGCGCCCGCCGGACAGACCCUGGAUGCAUUUACCAAGUGGAGAAACGCUGAGCUGGUCAAGACCAGGAAGCACGACAACGCUCAGCUGCUGACAGCUAUUGAUUUCGAGGGUGCCACGGUAGGACUUGCUUUUGUAGCAACGUUGUGUUCAGGACACUCCACUGGGGUUAUUCAGGAUCACAGUGCAAGUGCAAUCGCUGUUGGGGCCACGUUGGCCCACGAGAUGGGCCACAACUUAGGCAUGAGCCACGACUCUACAGCCUGUGUUUGCAGUGAAGCCUCUUGCAUUAUGGCUCCUGCUCUCAGUUACAACACUCCAAAAUUAUUCAGCAGCUGCAGUUUCCAGAACUAUCACGAUUUCCUUACCCAGAGAAACCCGGAGUGUUUGCUGGAUAAACCUGACAAGAAGGAUCUCUACACAGACCCAGUGUGCGGAAACGGAUUCGUCGAGCGCGGAGAGCAGUGUGAUUGUGGCACUGUGAAGGAGUGUACAAACCCGUGCUGUGAUGCUCAAACCUGCAUGCUAGAGAAAGAAGCCCAGUGUGCUGAGGGUCCUUGCUGUGAGAACUGUAAGAUCUUGUCAGCAGGAAUAGAGUGCCGGAAAAGCAAAGACGACUGCGAUCUCCCAGAGUUCUGCACUGGGGAGUCUAACCAGUGUCCGGAGGACGUGUUCACACUCAACGGAGCGCCGUGCCAGAACGGGCAAGGCUACUGCUACAAUGGGGACUGUCCCACAUUAGCGGAUCAGUGCAGAAGCUUGUGGGGACCAGGUGCUGUCGUGGGCGAAGAUAAAUGUUUUGAUCGUAACACCCAAGGAACAUACUAUGAAUUCUGCAAACGAACGCCAGCUGGUGAUUAUGUUGGCUGCCAGAAAAAGGAUGUGAAAUGCGGAAAGCUGUUUUGUAGCGGUGGGAACUACAGCCCUAGCUCCGGGACUGGGCUAAUGUUCUGGAACUGCAAAGCCAGCUUCUUCAGAGACAAGGACGAGGAGGACAAAGGACUGGUGCAGAAGGGCAUCAAAUGUGGGAAUGGACAGGUUUGCAGUGGUGGUGAAUGCAGUGAUAUACAGGCUGUUUACAAGUCUGUUAACUGCUCUGACAAGUGUACAGGACACGCGCAAUGUAACCACAAACUGGAGUGUCAGUGUGAACCAGGAUGGUUUACUUCCAGUUGCCACACUCAAAAUCCCACAGGACUGUCAAAAGGCAGUAUUAUUGGCAUCGCGGUCUCUGUCUGCUGUCUGCUCCUCGUCAUUUUCAUCGGAGUACUUGCAGCGGUACUGUUUAUCAGGAAGAAGAAACAGACACGACUGCACAGGCCCCCAACUAGCAGAGAAGUAGCAGGACUUUCCAACCCAAGCUUUUCAAAAGAUCAUCAUCAGAAACCGCUACCGUCUCAAGGACAGUACAGCAGCAUGUAUCCCCCACGGGCUGCCCCUCCUGCCCCUCCCUCUGCAUUUAAACCAGGCUCUGCCCCUUCAGCACCCCCCUCAAACCCCAGACCCCAGAACACCAGACCCUCUGCCCCCCCUCCCUCAGUGCCAGUGCUCAACACUAGACCACCUCCAUCUCUCCCUUCUGCCGCCAAACCAACAGCGCAGGUGAAUGUGAAGCCCACCGCACCUCCGAUCCCCAGCUCUAAACCAGCCGUCUCCCUCGCUAAUGUGAGAGCUGGUCUGAAACCUGUGAAUAAUCCAAGAGUCUAGGACAGGAUUGGAAGACGGGCAAGGAGGACAACUUCAGCUCGCCACCUUUGAUUAAGACUGGACCACCUAACCUACCGGGAUGAUCCAGAGACUUAUUAAGUUGGACAAAAUAAUUGAAACACCCGCCAUAACACUGUCAAUAGGGUGCAGGUCUGCUGGCUGUUUAGAUGGCUUAAGGGGAGUUGGGUAUGGAGCGCUGUCAUCACAUUUGAGACUGUUGAUCGCAAAACGUUACGAAUUGGGUGAAGUCUUACUCGUGGAAGCACCUACCAACUGAGCUCUUACUAUCAGCCUGACAGUCACCCUGGAAUGAACUGAAAAUGUGUGUGUGUGUUUGGGGGGGGGAGGGGGUCUUGAUGAAUUGUAUACCUGUUCAUACAAUAUGUAUCUGUUUAUAUAACAUUCAGUAUGUUUACAUGCAUGACUUAUUCGGAAUACUGCACACAUUAGGCAUUAGGCUGAAUUACUAACCCAGCCUGGUUUAACAGGAGUACUUUGAACGUGUGUCCUAAAUGUAUUCAUUAUAAUAAGUGAACCGAACACAGACAAUCCCAGCUUCCUUCCAGUAAACUGGCAACUGUCUCAUAACCAUCUCCUUCUGAAGUAUCUGUGGCAGAUACAUCCGUGAGACUUCGAUCACACACCACGAAUGUAGCAUCACUUAGAACAGUCAGUCCUUUUCUGUUUUGUACAGCAGCAUCAGCCUGUCUCCUCCAGAAACACACGCUGUUUAUCUGAUUGACAACAUUUAAGCGAAACAACUCUUUUAAACCCAAACGUGAAAGAAAUAGAAUACCCGAGAUCUACUGUAAACAAGCUUCAAGUCCUUCAAUUACAAUCUGUCAAAUACUGUGUUACCUACCUGCUUACAUAAUGCAUUCUUCCAGCCAGUGGUAACACAAAGGCUGUGUGAUGCAGAUGGACUGUUACUAGCAGGGCACUGGGUCCCUAAGGCCAGAGCCAGGUUAACCAAUCACAGGUUUCCUGAGUCCCUGAUUUCAGAGAGGAUGGGUCUCCCACAGGGACAGGGUAAGGCAUUUGGAAUGCACUGAUGUUCCACAAGAUAGCUCAAUGCUCCACAUAUCUUGUUUGCAUGACUGGUUUACUUAUUCAGAAAACAGAGUUUAAUAAUGGAAUAUGAGCCUGCAUGUAGACAUACUGAUUGGGCACUUUAAUAUUGUAUAUACAUGUUGUAAAAUAUGUUACAUUUUAAUAACGUGUACUGUCCACACUGGUGUUACUGUCCAAUACGUUAGAGGUAUACUCUGUCUAACACAAAUUGAGUCACACAUGGUUUUUAUUGGGUAUUCAGGGCAUUUCCUGGUUCAAUUUGUGUUUAACAGACUAUACCUCAACCAAAAAAAAAAAUCUGAUUACAAGACAUGAGUAUGCGGUUCUUUGACAAAAUGCUGCAGCACUGCGCUCAGUGUGAAAUUGUAUCGAACAAUAUUAAUUGAAGACAAGGCCAUUUAAAAAAAAAAAGUACUGUGAGAAUAUAGCGUAAACCUUUACCAAACCAAGACUGCCACUGUUGACCACUUUAUUUACUGUUUAUUUGAUCAAGAUAAUGACAGGUUUUGUUUUGCAACAUGUUAUCCUGAUUAAUUAAUUCCAUGCAGCUGUUGUUUUUUACAGGAGAGAGGAGAGGGGUGGUUCUCUGGUGAUUCAAUUUUAUUUUCAUUUGCAGUAAAGAUCUUCAUGAAACUGAGCCAGCACGUGUUUUUAUGUACUGUAUGAAGCUGUGACUCCUGCUGCAAUGCUGUCUGGUAUCUGCCUAGCUCCAUAUUAUAAAGAUACUACAGCACUGAUCGAUCAUUGCCCUGCUGAGAGCCCUGAUCUGGACCGACAGCAUUCCUCUCCACGCUACAGCUCACUCGCAUCUGGGCUGCAGUGCUCAGAAGCUGGACAGCAUUAUUCUGUAUUACUGUUUUUUUCUCCUGCCAGGAAAGUCCUUUAGGGUUGCACCCUCGGAUCCGCUUGCAGACGCUAAUCAACGGGAGACCGACUGAGAGACCUCAAUCGAGGCAACUUUGCUGUAUCAAACCCUGAGUCUCCCCCGGUGUACCGCGCAGUGGCUUGAAAUCAAGUUCCAAGCCACAGUGCUUUCAUGUUCCCUCAACUUUACACGCGUAACAAAAAAAUUGGGGAUAGCAACUGUGCAGCUAUUGUUUAUACAUGAUGAGGAUGUCCAGGACGUCUUAGAGCACCUGUGAUUGAGUGUUUACUAUUGUUUAUAUUAUUAUUACCAACCUUUGAAAAGUUGUAUCAGUAUGUUGCAGAAACCAAACUAAAUAAAUAACUUCAAACAAUAUGA